AUGGAGGAAGCUGCAGAGCAGCCGGUCUCUGAAGAGGCCAUUCAGGUGUCUCCAAAGGAACUGCGGUUUCCGACGGUGGCGGCUUUGAAGGAGUGGAUGGCGGAGCAGAAGAAGAAUGGGAAUUUCUUUUACGUCUUGGCCCGCACCCACAAGCCCAAAACCCCAAAAAAGGGUUUGGACAAAACCCUAAACCCUAGGCAGCAGUCCGCAAACCCUCCCCAACACGAAACCCUAAUUUCUAUCGCCACCUACAAAUGCAAACACUGGAGAAACCCUGAGGACUUCGCCUCUUACAGAAAGUACAAGUCCCGUUUGCUGGCGGGGGCCCCCCUGGCGGGGGCCCCUCCCCUGGGGGCCCCCCUGGCGGGGGCCCCCCCGGGGGCCCCCCUGGGGGCCCCCCCCGAGGGGCCCCCCGCCGUGGAGGGGGCCCCCCCGGCGCAGGCGGCAGAGGGUUCAGGGGGCCCCCCAGAGGCUCCCUUGGCGCUGGCAGGGCCUAGAUUUUCACCUGCUGGCUGCUUUGAAAGAAUCUCUUGA